GGGUGUUCCUGAACGCGCCACCAUCAAACUGCUGGCACUCCGGUCUGCGCAUGCUCGUCUUGAGAUAUGAAUAACUCCAGCGAAUGUUUAGAAAGACAGCGUUUUUCCAUAGACGAAAUGGGAUUUACCGGCACGGCGGAAGUGUCGCGGGACCGAACGUCUCGCUCCACCUGUUGAACCCGCUCGCACAUUUGGACGCGCUCAUUUCUUAUUUUUUCAUGGAGACUGUUGGGAAGUUUGAGUUCAACAGGAAAGACCUGAUUGGACACGGGGCCUUCGCAGUUGUGUUCAAAGGCAGACAUAAAGAGAAACGUGACUGGGUAGUUGCUGUGAAAUGCAUCAACAAGAAAAAUUUGGCCAAAUCGCAGUCGCUGCUUGGUAAAGAAAUAAAAAUCCUGAAGGAACUCAAACAUGAAAACAUUGUCAGACUUCUUGACUACCAGGAAAUGGGAGGGUGUGUGUAUCUCGUAAUGGAGUACUGCAAUGGAGGCGACCUGGCAGAGUACCUUCACUCUAAGGGUACGUUGAGGGAGGACACCAUCCGCGUAUUCCUGCAGCAAAUCGGCCAGGCCAUGAAGGUCUUGCAGAGCAAAGACAUCCUCCACAGAGACCUCAAACCUCAGAACAUCUUGCUCUGCCACCCAGAGGGCCGCAGGUCCAGCCCCAUCAAUACCUCCAUUAAGAUAGCUGACUUUGGCUUUGCUCGUCAUCUCCAGACCAACACUAUGGCAGCCACGCUGUGUGGCUCACCCAUGUACAUGGCACCGGAGGUCAUCAUGUCCCAGAACUAUGAUGCAAAGGCCGAUCUGUGGAGCAUAGGUACCAUCGUGUACCAGUGCCUGACUGGAAAGGCUCCGUUUCACGCCAGCACACCGCAGGAGCUCCGUCUGUUUUAUGAAAGCAACAGGACCCUCUUACCCAACAUCCCAAAGGAGACUUCUCCUAACCUAAGACACUUAGUGUUGGGUCUGCUGCAAAGAAACCACAAAGAAAGGUUUGGCUUUGAUGAGUUUUUCCACCAUCCUUUUUUGGAAGCAAGCUCAUCCUCAAAGAAAUGUUCCCCUCCUGCCGUGAUCUCUUUACCCGGGUCAAGCUCAGUCAGUUCCUCCAGCGGCUCCUCCACAUCCUACCUGACCUCCCCUCAACAUUCCGACGGAGAAAUGCACCAACUUCAGCCCAAAGCACAGUAUUCGCCUACCCAGAACCCACACGGCUUCCUGCUAAAAGAAAAAGCCAAUCAAGACAGUAAGAGCACCUCGUCAUACUCAGAGGACUAUGUCAUGGUGCAAACUCAGUUUCCAAGUGGGUGCACAUGUGAGUUGGAAGUUGGGUCCCCGAUUGACAGUUGCCUGAUAUACAGUGGAAGCUCACCACUGGCUGAGAGAUGUCUCAGGAAUGCAGGAAAGACGCCUCCACCCUCACCCCUGCUGCACCCUCGCUCCAAGCCCAUUAGCAAGCCUGUUGCAAUUGUUGGCCGUAAGUGCAUCUCCUCGGCGCCUAUUCCUGUCCCGACUCAGAUCCAAAACUACCAGCGUAUGGCACAGAACCUGCAAUCCGUCGGCCUGCAUGGCUCCACCAGGGUCACACUCUGCUGUGCUGGCAGCAGUUCCCCACAACAGGGAGGCUCUCCAGGAUUCAUCCUCGACUCCCUACGGCUGGCAAGUGUAGGAGCCCGACCACAACAGUCCUCCCCGCUAGCCGGAAUGACUCCAAACACCACGGAGCAGACUUCCCCGCACGGCACAAGAACCGGACUGCUCGCUGGCUUUCCAGACAGGAAGGACACCCCCAGUCCCAAGGUUCAAUCGAGAAUGCCAAACCGAAUCAGGACAGUUCUUGACCUGCAAUCCCUUGAACCUUCUCCUGCUUCCCAGACCAACCGCAGCUCGAAGUCCCUCAAUAAGAACGGCCCUUUCAGAAGAUCUGAACAAUCACUGAGCACAGGCAGGCUGUCCGACAUGCUACUGAAGGCAACCUUUGGAGCUCACCUUGUUGGAGAGGAUAGCGACGAGAGCCUCAACUCUGAGAAAAGCAUGGAUAUAACAGCCCCACCUACUGGUCGUCAAAGAGGCUUUCUGUACUCAGACAGCCCUCCUCCAGCAAUCUUCACCCUGGGUCUUCAAUCCAGAGAAAACACUCCCCCUGAUACCACAGGGCCCAGAAUGUCAGGCUCCCCCAGCUACAUUAACUCAGCCUGGCUACUGAACAGUCGGCUUCUCCAGGGAGGAAGCCGUAGAAACAGUGAGAGUGAAGCCAUGGACUCUACUCAACACAGCAGUCUGGUCUUCCACCCUCCAGAUCUCCCAGAAGAAACCCUGAUGGAGCAGGCUCACACAGAUGAGCUUAAUGAGCUGCGAUUCACGUUGGCUUUUGUCCUCUGUGUCACGGAAUUGGCUUCGUCAAAGUGCUCGAUGCCGGAGGCUGUCAGCAGUCCCGAUGUUUCCUUUCUAGAGCAGAGUUUGGUGACGGAUCAGAUCAGCCUCCUGAGUAGAGAAUGGAGCUAUGCAGAGCAGUUAGUGUUGUACAUGAAGGCCGAAGAGUUUUUGUCAUCAGCACUGCACACUGCUAAAGAGACUAUCAAGCAAGGCCGACUGCUUCCCUCUGCAACAGUCAAGCAAGUGAUAAGGAAGCUGAAUGAAUUGUACAAGAGCUGUGUAACAUACUGUCGCACUCUCAACCAUCGCCUGCAGACAUUCUUGCUUGACAAACAAAAGCUUAUGGACCGCUUCAAUGGCCUCACAGCCGAGAAGCUCAUCUACAGCCACACUGUAGAAAUGGUUCAGUGUGCUGCCCUAGAUGAGAUGUUUCACUAUGGCACAGCAUCAGUCCAGCGUUACCACAAAGCCCUUUUGCUGAUGGAGGGUCUGUCCCGAAUCAUCACUGAGGAGAAGGACAUUGACAGCAUAGAGAAAUGUAAGCAGUGUAUCGAGCGGCGCCUUUCUGCUCUGCAGUCUUAGCAGUAGCCAUGCGCUCUACAACUGCGGCCACACGACUGCUUUUAUAUUGUCUCAUUCAUUUGCCCUAAAUGAAGAUGGAUCCUCCUAUACUGUCAAUACACAUACACGUGCACUUUGAUCUGUCUUAAGGGAAAUGACCACUGGAGCAUCUGCUCUUAUCCCACCAGCCAGUCUGCGAUCUUUAGAUAAUUGCACAAAAAGACUGAAAGUCCUGUUUUGGACAAGUUCUAGAGGACAGCUUGUGUCAUGAUUGUUUUUUGAUCAAGUAAAUUGUUCAGAGUGUUUGUUCUGUUCUGUUGCAGAAGAAAUAUGUUAGUGUGUUAUUUAGUUUUUUGCACAUAGAAUUAUCAUAUUAGAUAAUACUGAUGUUAAAUGUAUUGUACUUGAAACCAAUGUUGUUUUUCUGUUUUCUGUAUUUGAAGGGUUGGUGUUAAGUGUAACGCAGAAGUUCACUGGCCAUCAGGAGUCUGAUUAUUUUGGAUGAGAUGACCAAAAAGUGUACCAGUAAUAUUAAAACUGUGCCUGUUUUUUAUUACAUUUUGCAUCCCACCAGAGUAGUGGAUUUAAAGGUAAUGAAAGUAUGUCUUGACCUCAUACAGAACAAUUGUCUUCCAGUCAUGUGGACUUACAUCAUAGACUGCAAUUACUAUAUUUUGAUAUUUUUGUUUAACUGAUCCAACAAUGUCGGUGGUAAUGUACUCAAUUAUGUAUUUUAAGCAACGAUAACUGCAUACAACGUUGCUUUAUCUGCUGUUUCGUUGUGUGUUUUAGUUAUUAUCCCCAGCUGCUUGGAUUAAUAAAAAAAUAAUGUUAAUUUUUUUAUUAAUUUGUGUAUAAUUUUGUGACAGACUAGAUUAUAAAACUACUUCUUCAAUAUUUUCUGAAAAGGUUGAUGUUGAAAUGAGUUUGUUAGAAUUUAUCAAAUGGUCUUUUUUUACUUGUUUUUAUGAGUGCCAGUCAACUUUGCAAAAAAUGAAUUGUUACGCACAGUGUGAAAAAAAUAAAUAUUUAUUGUUGAAACUUUG